AUGUCUGGCAACUCUGGAACUUUGGAUGAAUGGAGGAACUAUUUUCGGCGCUCCAACUUUGACAUCUUCGAUGUCAUUCAGUAUGCUAUCAUGGUGGCGGCCUCUGAUUCGCCCCAGGAGUUCAUAUCAAGGAGGGAUCAAAUUGCCCAGACCUUAUUUUCUUGCAAAUUUGUUCAGUGUAAAGGGUGCGAUAGUGUUGAGUUGGGGGUGGCCCAUGGCGACGAGGAAGGAGGCUGCAAGAGUACUGGAUUUCACAAAGAUGCCUGUGGUAUUAAUGAGAACCAGAUCAUGAACGGCAGAGGAGAUGAACAGUUGGAGAUGAACUUGAACCAACGCGAAAAGGAAAAAUGCUGCAAGAGUUCUGGAUUUCACAGAGGUGCCUGUGGUAUUAACGAGAACAAGAUCAUGAACAGGAGUAGAAAUGAACAGUUGGAGAUGAACUCGAACCAACUGGGAAUUGAUAACCAUGACGCAGAUGAGUUACUGGCUAAGGAGAUUGAAGGCGAGCUUCUAACUGUAGACGAAGUCUUGAGGAUUAAACAGAUCCUUGACAACAGCCAGGAUCAGUCUAAUUCAGAAUUAUUUGCAUCAUUAAGGAAACUCCAACUGAUGCAUUUGUCUGUGGAUAUUUUGAAGGCUACAGAUAUUGGGAAGUCUGUUAAGGCUCUCACAGAACACGGGGCGAAGAAUAUUAGUGAACUGGCAGGCCAGAUGAUAGUACUUUGGAAGGAUAUGAUGGAUGAGUGGUUCGAUAGUAUUAAAAUGGUUAUCGCAGAUUCAAAAGUUGCACCAGAAUCUGAUAAACCUAUUGCACCAUAUGAAGAUGAAGGGCUGCCCGUACCUCCAUUGGAAGAAGAAGCUUUCUUUACUUUUCAAACUGCUCCAGUAGACCUGUCCAAUUUCUUUGAUGGCAUGGAUGAAGUUGAAAAGAUACAUAAUUUUAAUAAGGAUUUUGUUGCAGACCUUUUGGACAGAAAGGAAGAGGAAACACAUAAACAAGAAAUUAUAAUGAACAAAAUGGCAGUAAAUGGUGGCAAUGAUACGAUAUUCCAGGAGAAAUCAGAUGCCGCCGAAAUACAAAAGAAACCACUGCAGGCUGCUCGACAAGAUAAGCUCAAGUGCUUAGAUGAAAGUGGAAAACUUGAAAUUGCAAGGAGGACGGUCCGCGCGGGUUAUAAACAAAAUGCCAUGAGGCGAAGAUCCAUCCAAGUUGUGGACGCGCGUGAUCUUCCCAAGCAGGAGCUUGGCCAUGCACGUGGAAAUACAGAUAUAAAACUCAAAAAGCGCCAGAGGCCCUCCACAAAUCAUUGA